GAACUUGAGUUGUUAAGCACUGUGACAAAUGGUAGUGAAAAUCUCAAUGGAAAAGAAUUUAAUUUGGAUAUAGAUGAUAUUGGCAAUGGUGAUGUUGAUUGUGAUUGUGAUGGUGAUGAUGAAAGUGGUAGUAGUGUUUGUGAUAAAGAUAAUAAGGAUAAUAAUGACAAUGGUGGUUUUAAUUCCGAUGACAAAGAUGGCAUAUUUGCUCUGUUCUCUCACGAUACUAAAAUUAAAGAUGUAAAACAUACAAUAAUGCCAAUAGAAUAUCCCAAAACAUCAAAUGAAGGAAUUGCUUAUAUAUUUUAUGUCAAAGAAUGGAACGAUGUCUCCUCUGUAACAAAUGAUGUAAUUAAAAACUCAGUAUCCUAUUCAAACUGA